UACCAUAUUAAGAGUGUCCGCUGUAAUUUUAUCGAUAGUGAAAAUUCAAAAUUUGUUUGCAAAAUUAUUUUGUUUAUUUAUAAUUUCGUCAUUUUCAUGCUCCAGGGGUGAUAUCAAUAUUGUUCCUGAGGUUUUUAAGACCAAAGAAAAAUAAUUUCCUUAUUUUGCACUGAUUUUGGAAUUUUAAUUUUCAGUGAUAUUUUUAUAUAAUAUGGAGCGUUAGAGGUGUGUGAUUUGUUAAUAUCGUUGUUUUUAUUGCGUACCUUUACUUGGGUAUUACUUUAUUGAAAUUUUGUCCAAUUCUGAAUCCUAUUUUAUAUAGGGAUAUGCUUGAUAGGGGAGUGGUGAUUCUAGGUUUAUGCUACGUUCAUGUCUGUUAUCCAAUCCUAGGUGCUAGUUCCAUGCGGGGAUAUUUGCUCGGCGUUAGUGCAUAUAGGUGGUAGUAGUUGUCUGAGGGAGGGUGUUUAGCUAUUUCGAGGUUGGUUACUUGUCGGUUCCCAUUUUAUGUGCUCAUAAGUCAGCUGUCAGUUGCGAAUGAUCAGUCGUGUAUGUAAGAAAGAAAGAGGAGAAAAUAUGUAUCCCUUCCGUCAACGUUUUCCUCGGCGAAGGUACUUCCGACCGGUGCCGGCGAUAAUAUGCUUCUGCAAUGGGGAUGUGACCUUGAAGACAAAUAUUCAGAUUCCCGGUCUGCUGUCUAUCCGCGAAAUGACGGAGGUGCGUUGGAAAAGGAGAUGGAGGAGGAGAGAGGCAGCCGACUUUUGGCUAUAUGGUGGUUUGGAUAUGAGCCCUGACCCUGAUGCCUACGGUCUUAAAAAUUUGUUCGGGGAGCGAGCAUAAUGCCAAGAUCGACACGUAUAGGUGUUAUGCGUUAAUAUUGUAAUGCCUGUACAAGGAUUUUUAUACAGUAUAAUUAUUUUCAAUUAAAUUUGCGU